CCAAAGGAGGAUAUGGGGAGGUAACCGUUAAAAGCCAAGAGGAAAAUUCUCGCACUCUUGACUCGAAGCCGAUGGGUGAUGUCGCAGUGGCUGAUUGUGAUGAUGACAGUGAGAGUGAUGAAGAUUUUAUAUCCCUGGUGCCGAUGAACGACGAAUAUGAUGUCGCGGACAAUAACUCUAGAAAGGAUUCAAGUGACAAAUCAAACGGAAAACAAGGAAACGAUCGCACCAAAAACGAUCUGCCCCCUUGGAUGGAAAGCCACGUAGAUUAUCGUCGUGUGAAUCCGUUGGUUGCUCUGCACAAUGAAAUUGUCGCGUUUACUAGGCUGAUGGAACCACGGAGAGAAGAAAUGAAAAUUCGAGAAGAGCUGCUCGAAAAAUUCACCAAUCUAGCGAAAUCCACUUUUAAGAACUGUAAAGUCGAUGUCUUCGGAUCUCAAGCUACCGGGUAAGGAACAAAACCAUUAUUUUUAUUGGAUCAAACCUGAAGAACCAUCGCAUUCUUGCAUUGUGAAAAAGUGUAGCGUGAUAUUUUUCUAAUGUGAUUGAAAUACGCAUUACUUGCAAUUUGAUUUUUCCAUUUUCAAUCUCGGAAAACAAACUAUUUUAGUUUAUGCCUGCCAACCUCAGAUAUUGAUAUUGUCAUUCAACUUGAGGAGACAGAAGUGCCAAAAAUGGAAGAGACAACAAAAAAGAAAGGAAAGAGGAAAAGCAUAUCGAAACAGCAAGAGCUGGAAGACAUGGAAAACUGGGAUAAACCCACUGKUUCGCCUUUGAGCUUGCUGGGUGAAGCCCUUCGAGAAAAUUGGCUUGACGAUCUCUCCUACCUGGAACUCAUAGAAAAUACCAGAAUCCCUUUGGUGAAAUUCACUCAUGCUCCCAGCAAAAUUUCCAUUGACGUAUGCUUUAACCAAAAAACAGGCCCUCAUGCAGCUGCCUUGAUGAAACAAUAUAUGGAUGCACUGUCGCCUUUGAGGCCUCUUACUUUUUUCUUGAAGAAAUUUAUGGCAUCGAGGGGCUUGAAUCAACCCUAUACUGGAGGUGUCGGGAGUUUUCUCCUUCAGAUGAUGAUCUUAGCAUUCCUUCAACACAGAGAACGAGACUGCUACAACAAUCGGCGACCGUCGCAGUACUGCCUCGGUGCCUUGCUCCUGGAAUUUUUUGAAUUCUAUAGCACCGACUUCAACUUUGUCCUCACCGGCAUAUCGGUUCGAUUUGAUGGUUACUUCUUUCCGAAGGGGGCGACAGACCGAAAAAAGAAUUUUUGGCAAACGAAUCGACCAUUUUCUAUUGCCAUGGAGAACCCCCUGGAUCCAACGUUUGACGUCGGGUCCCCGUCGUUUCGCAUCGAUUUAGUUCAAAGAUCUUUCGAGAUUGCUUUCAAAGUCUUGCUUAGCCAUGUAUCCGAACCGAUCAUACCCACUAACUCAAUUUUACGAUCGAUUCUGGAGCCAUCGGACGAAAUGUGGGAACGGCAACGACAAACUACGCCCACUUUUGCUCCUCCUGGUACUCAAGUAUCCGCAGAUCACGUCCCACCCAGAAAAAGACAAAGAAGACUCUGAGCUACUCGUGAUUUUCAAUUUUUGGGGAUAUUAUAGUCUAGUAAAGCGGCAUCGUAAGU